AUGAAAUCGGCAUUUCGAACCGCGUGCUUCAUUACACGCUCCGCUAGCUUCUUAAACCCUAAACCCAAUUGUCUUCCCAUUUCCCGCCCUCUCAGUCCCGCAAUCACUACGCCUGCGGCCCUUCCCCUGGUAAUAGCUUCUUCUUCCUCCCUCACUCGGCCAUUUCGCCCAUUCUGCUUGUCUGCCUCCAUGACCGGCGCCGGUGCCGAUGCGGGCAACUCUUUGUCCUCCCUUGAAAGCCAGUUCAAGGGUUUCCGCAGCCAGCUGGAAGAAUCGGGCUCCUUGCGCGAUAGGAUUCGGACGGUGGUGAGUGAUAUUGAGUCCACUACUCGGGUCAUGCAAGCGAAUCUCCUCCUUGUUCAUCAGUCUCGCCCGGUCCAAGAUAUUUUGGAAGAAGCGAAGGCUCAAAUUGUCAAGCUGGGGGAUCUCUACAAGCAACUUGCUGAAAUUGUUCGUGAAGUCCCUGGACAAUAUUACAGGUAUCAUGGUGAUUGGAGGAGUGAAACCCAGAGUGUUGUUUCGCUGCUUGCUUUUAUGCAUUGGUUAGAGACAGGAAAUCUCCUAAUGCACUCCGAAGCCGAGGAAAAACUAGAGCUGAAUGGUUCAGAGUUUGGUUUGGACGUUGAAGACUAUCUUGUAGGUAUUUGCUUCAUGUCCAAUGAGAUGCCUAGGUAUGUAGUGAACCAAGUGACGGCUGGGAACUAUGAUUGUCCAAGAAAAGUGAUGAAGUUCCUCACAGACCUCCAUGCAGCUUUCCGAAUGCUCAAUCUCCGCAACGACUUUCUUCGCAAGAAGUUUGAUGGAAUGAAGUACGACUUGAGGAGAGUUGAGGAAGUUUACUACGAUGUCAAGAUCCGGGCCAUAAAAGUUGGGACAGCGGAAUCUCUCUCUGGUCUCUGCCUUGCUGAGCGAGCUCUCACUCCGCUUCUUCUACCACAGCUAAGAAAGAAGCUCAGUUUCAUCCUUAGUAAUUCAGUCGAAAGAGCUGAAAGCGAUGUGUGUCUGUCCUGUUUCUCAAUUCGUGGAAGCAUUGGCCCGCAAGUUUCGGUUGCUAUAAAAUUUUGUCAUGUUGUGUUGACAUAUUGGCAUUCACCAUGUCAUUCUGCUUGCCAGAACAAUGGCUUCGAUGGUUUAUUGUUCAAAACGGUGAACUCCAGCUCAGGAUCAUCGGAUAAAAUGGAUAUCAAGCCACGGUUUGAUGCAUUUGGAUAUACGAAAUCUCCGCAGGGAAAAGAUGAUGAUUUCUUGGUUCCUGCAUCACGAGGAGAAGCGGGUGAUUUCUGGCCCAUGCUUGCUGAACCUAAAGCAGAGAAUCGGUCUGUGGAUGGCUUCGUAUGGUAUGAUAACAAGAGUUCUUGGAGUUGGACCGAAUCCGAAAUUGAUGAAUUCCUGCAGGCCUUAGAGUAUAACCCAAAAGGUGGGCUGGGUUACAGUGGAGCCGAAGCACAAGAUAUUGUAGAGCUUGAAGCUCUAGAUGAACUGCUCGGUGGCAUUUAUGAAGUGGAUAGUUUUUUCGAAGCGAGCAAGUCCACCACUAAAUGUGAAGAAAGUCAAUCUCCUGGGCUUAGCUCUCGUAGCAAUGGUGAUGCUGCAAGAGCAGCUGUUCUUGGGUCGGCAGAGUCAGCAAGAGCAGCUGUUCUUGAAGCUCAAUGCAACAAUGAUCCUAAGAAUCUCAAUCAGAUGGACUCAAAGCCCUCAAAUAUUGAUUCAUCAGAUGACCUCAACACCCCAUCCGAGUCUGAAGAUGACUUCAAGGAGAAACACAGAUCUAAGAGGUGCAGCGUUAGAAGGAAGAAUCACACAAUGUGGACUACAGAGGAGGUGCGUAAACUGGUUGAUGGAGUUGCACAGUUGGGAACUGGGAGAUGGACCGACAUAAAGAAGUUGCAAUUCCCAUCAUCUUCUCAUCGCACGCCUAUGGAUCUCAGGGACAAAUGGCGAAAUCUUCUACGAACCGCCUGUGCCGAGCAUGAUCUCAAACAUAAGAGACGAAACAAAGGGGUUGGCGAAGAGAAGAAGGCGGGCAUAGGUGGGGUGACGGAACCUCUGCUGCUACGAGUCUCGGAACUGGCCAGCAUUCAUCCCUACCCAAGGAUUGUACGAGGUGGGAGGUAUAUGAGGAACAAGGACUGA